UGUAUAAAAGUUUUUACGUGAAUCGUUUUAAAGGGGUUAGGUCCUGAUUGGCUGAUUUAUGUAAUUAUCUAACAAGAACGAAACUAGAGCUUAAGAGUAAAAGUAAAAGUAAAAGUAGACCCAGAGAUCAUCAGGAAGUGUUCAAAGCAACAUUCAGCACAGAGGAAAUCAGACAUGAGUGAGUUUGAUGCAUUACUGUCAAGCGACUUUUCCGAAGGUUCUUAUGACUCAAAUGUCUUAUCGACGUCUGAGCUAAGGAUUGUUCUGGUAGGGAAGUCUGGAACAGGAAAGAGUGCAACGGGAAACACUAUUCUGGGACGGGAAAGGUUUCGUGCAGAAUCCUCGCCUGUAGACGUUACGAGAAACUGCAGCAGAGAAUCUGUAGAGCAAAGAGGAAGAAUAAUCUUUGUAAUUGACAUGCCGGGGUUUUCUGGAUCGCUGACCAAAGAAGAAAUGAAGACACAAGUAGAGAAGUGUGUCGAGCUGUCCGUUCCCGGUCCUCAUGUGUUUCUGCUGGUCAUCAAUCUGGACGCAAGGUUUACACAAGAGGAGGAAAACGCGGUGAAAGUCAUCCAGGAAAACUUUGGAAAAAAUGCAGCGCGCUUUACUAUCGUUCUGUUCACCCGCUCGGAUCAGCUGGGAAAUAAAACUUUGCAAAGCUUUGUAGGAGAAAGCCCGAACUUAAGGAAACUCACUGAGAGCUGCGGUGGAAGAUACCAUGCGUUCAACAAUAAAGACUUGGGGAACCGCUCCCAGGUCACAGAGCUGCUGAAGAAGAUCGACAGGAUGAUCCAGGAAAACGGAGGAACCCAUUACACCAAUGAAAUGUUCGAGGAAGCUCAGAAAAAGAUGAAAAUGAAGGAGAUGAAGAAAAAGGCAGGAGACGUUGCUUUAGGAGUCGCAUCGGUUAUAGGAACGGGAACGGCGAUAGCUGGAGGUCUCGCCGCCGAGGCUGCGGUCGCACCGGUUUUAAUCGCAGCGGGGGCUUCGUUUGCUGCGGGAACGGCUAUAUCACUCGCUGUGAAAAAAAUCACGGAAAAGAGAAAGAAAGAAAGCAGUUAGAUUCAAAAUAAAAUGCUCUCAGCUGUUUUUAAACAGGUUGUUCUUUAAAACUUACAGUAUUUGUAUAGAUGUAACAGAUGGCUGAUGAUGUCGAGGGAUUGUGUUUAUUUGAGUGAUACCUUGUAUUGUGAACACACUGUGAUGUGUUACUGAUUCAUCAAGAAGAAGAGACCACACAGAAUAUUGUAUUCUUUUAUUUGGAACGUUUGCUUGUAUGGCUGGGAUUAUUUCAGUGAAUCUUCAUGUAUGCAGAUGUCCCUGUCAUGCUCUGUCCUUCAGCAGCUUGAUAUAUAACAAUAUUGUAUCAUUGUCUCAUCAUUUUAAUUCCUUUCUUGUACUGUUGUUGCAUUUCUUCAUUGUCUGUUCGUAAUUUGAGUCUGUAAUAAAGCUAAAGUAAAGAAAUAAAUAUAACAAAACCCCAAACUAAGUAGCCCAAUAUCCCUGUAAACUAGCCAAAGAAAAAUGUGGAAAACAAACCGAAAUCUUCAGCGCGUGCGGCGCCGUAACUAACCUACUCUCACUAGGACGAGAAAA